GCCCGAGCUCCGUCCCCUUCCUCCAGAGAGUUCCGUUUCUUUUCUCCCCCUCUUCCUCGCCGAAGGAGCAGCAAGUAUUCCGGUCGAAUUGAUAGGGGAGACGAGGAGCAGCGAUGGCCGCCGCUCGAGCCAGAUGGCGGUUCCUCGCGCUGCCCCUGGCGCUGCUCCUCGCGAUCGGCUCGUCGCGCGGCCUCGACGCGGCGCCCAAGCCCCCCGUCCCCAAGGCCAUCUCCGACCUGAGGGAGGCGAUCGUGAAGGGGCUGGGGCUCCAGUCGGAGGAGCUCAAGGUGUCCGGGUUCGACGUGAGGGACGCGCUGGUGGGGCACGCGGUGGCGUACGAGUUCGACAUGGAGGUCGGGAGGAAGGCCGUGCCGGUGCGGCUGCUCGAGGACGUCAACCGCUGGGACUUCGUCGACCUGCCCAUCUUCCGGUCCCAGGCCGACGCCGACGACACGGCGCUCGCCGAGAUCGGGCGGGGGAGCUUCGACCCCACGCUGCCGCCCUUCCAGCUCGCCGGGCCCAUGGAGCUCUGGAUCCAGGACGGCGACGACGUCAGGCUCGCUUUGCCGCAUGAUGUGGAAGCUGGAACCCUGAAGAAAGUUGUUCUUGCUGAUGGUGCGGUGGUAACAGUGAAAGGUGCUAGGGCGGUGAGCCUCCGUUUGCCCCUCGAACUACCACUUCCUCUCAACCGCACCACAUACAAGGGCCGCCUGUCUAGCUUGCUUUCCAUUGCUCGAGCCCUACGCGGUGCGGCUCGGUCUAAUCAGAAACCCCUGAUGUCCCUCCGGAUCGAGGGUCCAACCUCCUUAUCAUCAACCCCUUCCAUGUCUCCGAAUGACAAGCUCAAGCUCAAAAGGUUGGCCCCAGGUCAAGUGGAGCUCUCCUCGCGUGCCAUCCCUGCCGUCACAGACGAUGAGGAUGAAUCACCUAGCCCCGGAUUGUGGCCCUUUUUGUCAUUGAAUGCAUCGGAUGGCAGCCUGCAGGGGCUUGAAGAACUACUGGCCAAGGUUCUCGGUAAGAAGGCGGGUGAGAAGGGCACGUUCAAGUUGGUGAAUGCACGGGCGUCGGCGCAAACAUAUGUCAAAAUGGGAUUCACGGUGGAGAAGCGGAUUGCUGAUGGAGAGGUGAACUGGUCUAACUUGCCCGAGUGGAAAACAAAGCCCAACAAGUUGAGAGCGCACUAUGAAGUUCUUGCUCGCGUGGAGCGUGGCCAGGCGAUCCCGGAGAGGAUCGCCCAGGUGCAGCCUUUCCAGGUGGACGAGGCCAUGUCCGAGAGCAUGCUCACCGGAAACGUGUCUAGAUCGAAGAUGGAGGUCGUAAACCCCCCACCGGUUUAUUUCACUUUGUGAGACUGGGAGGGGCUGGAAGCUUUUUUUAUUUCCAAAGCUCUACUUGGGAUGGAUGUGGCAAAAAAUACUGAUUUAUGAGUUAACAUGGAACUUGUGUUGUA